UCCGCCCAAGGCGGGGUCACCAUCCCUGUUGGCAAAGUUUGGCUGUUGAGACUGAGAGCGGUCGGUGAGAUCAUCACAACUACAUCGAGUAUAAAUACCGAUCGGUCGUUUUCCAGCGCUCGCCGCCGUGUAAGCGUGCAGUGGGGCGUCCGGCUGUCGUUAUCUGACCGCAGUCAUGUCCGAGGACCCGAGCUCUCAACCUUGGUCCAUCGACAAGGAUGACUAUGAGCUACAGGAGGUGAUCGGGAGCGGAGCUACAGCGGUGGUACAGGCAGCUUAUUGCAAACCCAGGAAGGAGAAGGUGGCCAUUAAACGCAUCAAUCUUGAGAAAUGCCAGACCAGCAUGGAUGAGCUCCUGAAAGAGAUCCAGGCAAUGAGCCAGUGCCAUCACCCAAAUAUAGUGUCUUAUUACACCUCCUUUGUGGUCAAGGAUGAGCUUUGGCUGGUCAUGAAGUUGCUCAGUGGCGGCUCAGUGCUUGAUUUUAUUAAGUACAUCAUUUCCAAAGGGGAGCACAAAUCGGGUGUGAUGGACGAGCCCAGCAUUGCCACUAUACUAAAAGAGGUGCUAGAAGGUCUUGAAUAUCUGCACAAAAAUGGUCAGAUUCACAGGGAUGUGAAGGCUGGAAAUAUUCUUUUAGGAGAGGACGGCUCUGUUCAGAUUGCAGACUUCGGUGUUAGUGCCUUUUUAGCAACUGGUGGAGACAUGACUAGAAACAAAGUGAGGAAGACAUUUGUUGGAACUCCAUGCUGGAUGGCUCCUGAGGUCAUGGAGCAGGUUAGGGGUUAUGAUUUCAAAGCUGAUUUAUGGAGCUUUGGGAUUACGGCGAUUGAGCUGGCAACCGGAGCUGCUCCAUAUCACAAAUAUCCUCCGAUGAAGGUUCUCAUGUUAACCCUGCAGAACGACCCUCCGUGUUUAGAGACUGGAGUUACAGACAAAGAGAUGGUUAAAAAGUAUGGGAAAUCUUUCCGGAAGAUGAUCUCCUUGUGCCUCCAGAAGGAUCCAGAAAAACGGCCUACAGCUGCUGAACUCUUGAAACACAAGUUCUUCACAAAAGCCAAGAACACUGAUUACUUGAAAGAAAAACUGCUGGAAAGGGCACCUACAAUAGGAGAGAGAUCAAGGAAGGUGCGGAGGGUCCCGGGCUCCAGUGGUCGGCUCCACAAGACUGAGGACGGAGAGUGGGAAUGGAGUGAUGAUGAGCUGGAUGUGGAGAGUGAGGAAGGAAAGGCAGCAGUGGCCGCUUUACGGUCACCAAGAGUGAAGGAGGAGGCGGUGCCGAAUGCAGAGAUCUUUCCUGCUGAAUCGUCCGGUUUCCUGCAACCAGCAGCUGUAGGUCAGCCUGAAGUGCCACAUGCUGCAGAUGACACGGCCACGAUAUCAGCCUCUCAGGCUGUUGGUGGACCAACUACGACGGGGCAGGACUCGGCCAAAAUCCCCAUUAGCCUGGUCCUUAGAUUAAGGAAUACAAAGAAAGAGCUGAACGAUAUCAGAUUUGAGUUCAUGCCAGGCAGAGACACAGCAGAUGGAGUGUCUCAGGAGCUUGUAUCUGCUGGACUGGUGGAUGGGAGAGAUCUAGUCAUUGUUGCAGCCAAUUUACAGAAGAUUGUUGAUGAUCCACAAACCCACAAAAAUGUCACUUUUAAGCUGGCAUCAGGAGUGGACAGCUCUGAAAUUCCAGACGACGUUAAACUCAUGGGAUUUGCUCAGCUGAGUAUAAGUUAAAACCUAGUAUUACCAGCAAAUGGAAAGAAAAGAAAAAACCCAGACUUGUUUGCACACCAGUGCAUUGUAAAUGCUUUCAUUGGCCUAAAGAAACCACUACUGCCAAAGAGACAGAAGGAACCUGACACCACAUAGGAUUAACAAAUGUUAAAUAGGACUGCAUUCGAGUUCUUUAUAGGAGCGCACCUCAGAUGUUUACAGUAUUCAUGUAUGUUUCGUUUUCUGUUGCUUUAAACAUUUGCACAAUCUGAACCAACUCCUAAUACUGGUAGAUGUCAAAAGAAUGCCUUACUUUCGAUAGAACUACUGAAUUUACAACUGUAGGUAGACGGUAGCUGUGAAAAUGAAUGUGUGAUCGACUGUGUGUGUUUUCAGCUAUGUUGCCUCAAUGGAGGCUGGAGGGCAGGAUUGCCAUUCAAUAGCAUUUAAGGGUGCAUGUCGUCGGCAGCCUAUAAAGUCAGCUGUUCAGUGCACUGUUCUGCAAUGUGCUCCGUCAUCAACACCGUAUGGUUUUCCACAUUAAACACGGGAGCCACGUCACACACACCUCACAGUUACACGUUUGGGCUGCUCUCUCACUAUUGGGAUUACAUUCCCAUCAUUUUGCAUGGGCUAAAGCCAGACUGCAUGAAUGAUGUUUUGACUUAAGAAAUGCUGAUCAUUUUGCUCUCGGUUAAUUUGUGAAAACAGAAGAUGGGAGAAGAAACGACUUUAUUUAAUUAAUCAAAUCCAUCUUUCUUUUUAAAGAUAUAAAUGCUGUUCUUUAGGAAAAUGACUGAAAUUCUCUGGAAAUCGUGUUUUAAUUCAAUACAUUGGAAAACAGAUAUAGUUAUAUGCAAUUUUGUGGACUGAGCAUUUGUUUUAUUUACAUGCAUAUCUAUUACGUGUAGCGGCAGCUGUUUGGAUAGAGUUCAAGAAAUAGAUUUACCGUUUAUUUGAAGGAUUUACCAGUGCUUGCGAGGUAGCAAAAGGUUAGUGUCACCGUUUUUGGUCAAAUAAAUUGAUCUUGGUUAAAUAGUUUCAAUAUGAAAUAUUUCAGUCUUCAGACCAGCAUGACAAGGGUUUGUUGACCCGAAACAUUACAUUUUACAACUUUUAGUGGUCAUAGAGGAUUUAUUUAGUUUUUGCAUUACUUUGAAUGUUCAUCUGGCGUACCUGUUACAGAUCUUGGUGUGUAAGGGGAUUACAUAAUUUCUGAUUUGGCAGUUAAAUUUCUCAGUAUUCAUUUUUUUCUAUAUUUUGCUAUAGAGUGCAUUAGAUCUUGCUGAAUUUUAGAUUUGCUGUUUUUCACAUUCAUUUUAAAUCUAUUAAAACCCAUUGUUUUUUUUUUAAAUGAUCUUAAAGUGUCAUAAGUUAUGAACCUAACAAAGCAGCUAUGAGGAUGAAUCACAGCAAUGUUACAAACUUUGAAUUAUUUGAAGAGUAUAUGAAAGUCUGACUAAAAUACAAAGUUAGAAGACUGUACUUAGCAGCUUUAAUGAUAAAAAACAAAACAAAACUACAGUCCCAUAAUGCACAAAUAACAUAAAUUAAAUUGAGUAGGUAAAUAUAAAUCCAUUCAUAUUGUAUCUGUAGAAACAACCUUUUAUUUUAUUGCAAAAUAUGCAAAUAAGUAUUUGUAGAGUGUAAAGAGUUUGACUGUGUGUAACUUGCAAUGCUGCUUGGAAGUGGGCGGAGUUAAAGCUAUCUUUUGACCUGCUCUGAUUUAUGGAAUGUUGUGCACAUUAUUAUGGGUAAUAUAGUUUGUUUAAAAAUAAGUUGGUUUGACGUAUACCAAUAGUCUCAAACCUAAUACCUGGAUGGCCGCAGCUCUGCGUAGUUUAGUUCCAAACACCUCCAACUCACACCUGCUUAAUAGUCUAUAGUAGUCUUGAACACCUUGAUUAGGAUCAGCAAUGUUUGCUGUUUAUCCUUUUUGGAAAAUGGAGUAAACUGGGCAGUAGCUGGUUAAAGUGAGUCUAUAAAAUCACUAGCCUGCCUAAACCAGACAUUGGCCAGUCUAAAAUGACAGAUUUGACUCUUUAAUCUAACAGAUUAGACUGCACUGUAAAAAAAUACUGAGUUCUAAUUCCUUUAUGUAGUCUCAACACAAAUCGAUUAAGUUUGCUUAAAUGUUUUAAGUUUAGUCCAAUUAAAUUUGUAAAAACAAUUAAGUUGUUAAGUAUUUUGAGCAGGUAGCAAAAAGUCUUUUUUUUCAGUGUAGGGUUGGAGCAAAACUGCAGAGCUGCGGCCCUCCAAGAAUCGAGUUUGAGACCUGUGAUGUAUACAGUCGAUUAACCUCUGAGCUCACAACAUCAAAGGUCUUCAAAGGUUUAGCACUUUUAUUUUUUAUCAACCUAAAUCUUUUUAGGGUUAAUUAAUUCUUUUGUAAUCCAACUAUUGCACUCUAUUAAGUAGAAUAUUUUAAAUUAGGGCUUUAAAUUACUCCUAAAGCUGAUCCAUCUGAUGUCUUCAUCUGAUCCAUUUUUAAAGGUGGGACGGAUGUAAACUUAAUUUCCUGAGAUAUUCCAUCUUGAUUAAUUGAUAAAUUUAGCGACAUUUGUGUCUAAAAAAUAGAGCAUCUGAUUAUUUCAGUUAUUGUUAGGUUAGUGACUAUAUGUUUCAAACAGCACAAUUUCAGUCACAAACCUAAUUUAUACAUUUCUCAGGCUGGAACCUUCAUUGGAAUCAAAACGCUGUACACCUGUAAUUACAUUCAUUCGAGAAGUUAAACUGCUAAAUUGUGUAUUUGCUGACCUUGCAAGUGCUGAUAAUGAAUAAAGUGAAGACUUGUGAAAAGACUCACUGACCAGCAAGAAAUACAAGGAAAGUGACUUUAGGACCCGUCCGGUGUCCAAAUGAUCUUGGCAAUAGGAUCCUAUGAAUUUGAAGUUCUGUGUUUGUAAUAUAUGAAGUCCAUUACACAUUCGUCUUGCUUAAUAUCAUUCGUCUCAGCUGUAGACUUGUGUCAGAUUCCAUGUAUAUAUCAGAAAAUGUGUUCACAUGCAUAAAAAAUAAAAUAAGUAGCGUGAUCUUAUUGCCAGUAGUCUUGGCAGUAUGAGAUUUUUUUUUUUUAAACCGUUUUGCUGGACUUUUACUAUUUUGUCGUCUUUAUCAUACGAAGGAUACACUCCAUCUCACUUAAUUUUAAACUUUUUUUUUUUUACAAUUAUUUUAUCUCCUCGGCUUCCGACCAAUAGUUAAUUUGAAAGUGUUUUUAAAACCGAUAAAUUGUAGACACAGUGAUUCACACUUGUGUGUAUGUGCAAAUGACUGUUGAAUUACUUUAUUUUAAAUAUACUUGGUGUAAAUUCAACGAUGAAUGUGGGUGGAGCAUCAACAAAUACUUCAACGAGAAAAAAAGUCAUGUAAAUAAUCAAGUUGGUGUCGUUUAUAUAUAAAAUAAACAGUAUACAUACGGUUCACAGUUGGCCUUUCUAUGGAGUGGACAUGGUGGUUUGUCUUAUGUCUUUUUGUUUGUUGGCUUCUCUGUUCAGUCAAAAAAAAAAACUUGGCGCAAAGGGUGUCAUUAUUAAAAAUGUAUCCCUUAAAAUAUUACAUUAGCAUGACUUGAAAGUAGUUUUUUUUAAUGUACUUAUUUCUUAGUCAACAGUCGAGGGCUAUUAUUUUCAAACAUUUCAGUUUCUGCCUUGCUGUCUUUGUUUUCUUGUUGUUGUUGAAGUGGUUGGUUGGAUUAUUUGAAGGAAUGCUUGUGGUAUGUAUGUUUUAUGUGUGUUUUUUGUGGUUAAAUGGGCUCAUAACAGUGGCAUGCAACCUUGCUAUCGUUACUAUGAUUUUUUUCCCUUUUCUUUAGACACCUUAAGUGGACUGUAAAGGCAAAGCCUAAACACAAAAUUUAGGUUUCUUUGAUUGUCAAAAUGACUGUCGGCACUUUCCAGAUUCUCAAAAACAUCUUCAAAUAUUUCUUUUAAAACACUUGUAUCAUUUUCGUUCUCACCUUGGUGAUAUGAACGUAUUUUUUUCACAUGUGUGUAAGUGGUUGACCCUCUUCUGGAAAUCAUUGGAAGUACUUCAACAGAAAACCUUCAUAAAGAACAUUCUUUGUUUCUCAUUUGUGUGAGCUCUUCAGAUUGAUGCAUCCCGAUUUGUUACAUGUUUCUCUCUGGUGAUGUUUCUGUUGCAUGGAAGCUUGAUUCAGUAUUGGAAUAAAAAAAAAAAUAUUGAGUCAAUUCUGAAUAUAAAAUUCUGGGUUUCUGAGAAACUAUUGAUGUGCAAAUUUGAGACUUUUCCAAAAGUAAUUUAGUUUAUUAUUAUAUUUUCAUUGUCAUUAUAUAGUUAACUUCAUUGUUUUAUGAUCCUGCACUUUUUCCCCUGAGAUUUGAGGGGAAUUCUAAAGAUAAAAUCUGAAUUAUGAGACCCUAUUAAAAGUCCCAACCUAUAGGUAAUAAAAUAGAAACAAAAUUGCAGGAUGGAAGUUAAAAAUAAUAUAAUAUAAAAUAUAAAAAUAUAAAAUAUAAUUUUAAGUCUCACAAUUAUGAUUAUUUUAAUGUAAUUUGGGCUUUUUCCUCAGAAUUCUUUGUCAAUUUCUCGCAACUUUGUCUUUUUAAGCCCUCAGAUUUAUGAGUUUGCUUUGCAAUUUUGACUUUUUCUGUUUCAGAAUUGCGAGUUUAUUGUUAAACAGUUCUUAAAUUCAGAGUUUUAAUGAGUAGAGACAUUUGCAAGCCUGUAAACUUGCAAUUUCAAGAUGUAACAUUUCAGUUCUGAGGACGCUCAAAUUCUAAAAUGUAAAUUGAGAUGUAAUUGCAGCAUUUAAAGGAAAAUUAAAAACAGAGGUUUAAACUUCCUAAGUUGUUUUUCCUCAGAAUUCUGCAUUUACAUCUUGCAAUUCUGACUUCUUAUGAGCUCAGAAUUAAGGAGAAUUGAGAACUCAAUGAAAUUGAAAGAUACUUUUUUUUUUUUUAUUCCCUGGUGGAACAAGCAUCUAUAGUGUUGAAGUGAGUUGUAUAAGAUCAUUCCACCCUUCUGUUCUGUCUGAAGGGCUCCUGCAUUUUCACACAAGCACAUGUAUGCAGGUCUUUCAUAGAGUUAUUGGCUACAUUUUUGUGGAAUAUUUAUAGGUUUUCAAUCCAAAGUUUUUUGUUUUUUAAUGUGUGUCUUUAUUUUAUUGAACUGCAAGGAAUGAACAGCAACGAAGGUAUUACUUUCGCACUCAGUAUGGCAUUUGUGAAGGACAAUGGUAGAACACUGUAAAGUAUUUCACUUCUUGGGAUUUUCAGUGCAUGUGUACCCAAUUAUUUUUAAUAAUAAUCAAUAAAGAAUGAAACAAUGAAAUUU